CCCAAAACAACUCGUGACGGGCUCGCGCCGAAGCCCCAUCCUGUCCUGCCAGGUUCAAUGGCGACAGAAGACAGUCCACAUUCAUUUUAACAUGUUUAAUCUGAGUUCAGCUCGUCGGCUCAAGCCGCUGUAGGAGAGAAGAGGAAACAUGUGGAGGGUUCAAGGCUUCGUGGGAAGAGUUUUGAACCGGUGCCAUGGCAACGCCCCCCUGCGACUGCCCCAGAACCACCAUGUGGAGGAUGAGGUCAUCAGCAGCUCCACGGUUCUCUCCACCUCCUGCCACUCCUCUGACAGCAGCUCUCAGAAGGGCGAAGAUGGAGAGAGGAGGAAAAAACAGAAGACGUCUCAGUUCUGCUACGCUGAGCUCCCGCGUUACACAGCACUGGAUGCUGUGGGAUGGGGUGCGGCAGCGCUUUUGUUCAUGCAGAUCUGCAGGAGGAUCCACUCCCAGUUCUCCUCAGGCAGUGAGCCCAGUCCCAGCCCGACCCCUGGAGCUCUGGCUGCUUCCUCCACCCUGCACAAAUGUGGCUACCGCAUCGUGCUGGAGACCUUGUCGAGACGGGAUGUCUUGCCCAGAGGGAGGAGCGUGUUGUGUCUACAGGGGGCGCCAGAGAGGCAGAGCAGAGUUCAGUCCCUGGCUCAAGACAGCAGCAGCAGUAGCAGCAGCAGCAGCGGAAGUGAAGGCAGUGCUAGCAGCAGCACCGAGCAGGGCCAUCUAACCACUGGCAGUCCCUUCUCUGACCACCAGAGAGCAGACCUGAGGCCAGAUUCCCCUCUGAUAGAAGAAUCAUUGUUCUCCGCUGCCUCCCCUUCUGAAAACCAACCUGCUGGCAGAAGCCACACACAGACAACAGAAAGCACUGACAAGGACGUCCCGUCUGAUGAGGAGAAGCUGACAGGAGCAGCGCUGAACCUCAGACAUGUGGCCGACUCCAGUGUGCCUGUUAUCCUCAACAUCAUAGGUCUGGAGAGCGCCAAGACCGAGAACUACGAGGCAGCUUUCACUUGUUUUCUAGCUGCAGCCGAGCACGGCUACAACAAGGCCCAGUUUAACACCGGUGUCUGCUAUGAGAGGGGCAGGGGAGUGCGCAGGGACAGGGAGAAGGCUCUGCACUACUACCAGCAGGCAGCAGUGCAGGGCCACAGACAGGCUCAGUAUCGCUAUGCCAAGCUGCUCCUGACCAGCAGGGGGCAGAAAAGCAUGGAGGCGCUGGACACAGCCAUCGGUCUGCUGGAACAGGCUGCUGCAGACGGACUCACAGAGGCUCAGGUCUGCCUCGCCUCUGUCUUCUCCCAGGAGCCAGUGAGAGACGGGCGCAAGUCGGUCCACUACCUAAAGAUGGCAGCAGAGAGAGGAGACGGCACCGCCCUACUGUUCCUGGGUCAGUGUUAUGAGAGUGGCUUUGGAGUGCAGCACAACCUGAUGAUGGCAAUUGAUUUCUACAAACGAGCUGCUCGAGCCGGCAACAGCCAGGCUCAGAGCUUACUGACACCCCCAAGUGGCACGGAGGAGGACGCAGUGUUGCGCUCCACCCGUUCAGCUCCAUGUUUCUUCAUAUCUGAUCACCUACGCCAGCAGCUGCUCUCCUCCCUGACCAAUCCUGUCUGUCCCUCCUCCCUGCCCCUCCUGCCCCACUCCUGGAGCACUGGGAGCCUGGGCGCCCAAUCGGCACUGUCCUCCACAUCACCACACCUCCAUCCUCACCCCCAAGCCCAGAGCACCCAGGGUGGACCCUGCCAGUGGACUGUUGGGAUAGGAUAGUUCUCUUAAGCUGGAACAAGCCAAGAUGAAUGUAUUCACAGUUGUGUGAGUGUGUUCUCGCUAGAAGAAAAUGGCAAUAGUAGGUCACUUACGCACAUCAUCAUUAAGUCUCCUUAGUGUGUGGUUUUUUUUUUUUUUUUUUUUUUUUUUUUUUUUAGCAGGUCAAACUCAUCAGUGUGGAGAUGUCUUAAUGUGUUAUUUUGUUAUUAUGAAACAGUUGAGUGUAAGUUCUUGGGAUAUUUUGUAUGAAAAGGGAUAAGAAAGCAUUUUUAUUUUUUUAUUUUUUUGUAAUAUGGUUAGUUUUUUCUUGUCAGUUCCCCUGAAAUAUUUGUCCUGUGGGUAAGAAAUCUGGAUCUUGGUGCCUUAAUUGACUGGGUUCUUAUUGGGAAAGAAUCUCAGAUGGAUACUGGUUUCUCCCUCCACAAACAUGGAUUCAGUCACAGUCAAAUGAAUUUCUUGUCAUUUGUCAUCUGAAAAAUGUAUUGCUUAAUUUGACAAGACUGGCAAAGAGCUCGAAAUGAUUAUCAAAACCUUAAUUUCAGCAAGGACUGAUUUGUCCAACACUGUCAUUCACAACAAAGUAAGUGUCUUGAAAAGAACAGAAAGGAAAAUAUUUCAGUGUAGAAAUGUUGGAUCUGUCUAAAUUGUUAGCUUUAAACAUACAAAUGUGAAUAAUGCAUGUAAUGAUAUUUUGAUAUUCUGUAAAGGGCAUGCGCUGUAUUACCUAGCAAGUUAAGUCAAAUAAACAAUACUGUCUA